AUGUAUUAAAAAGGUUAAUAAUUAUUAUUAAUUUAAGCAAAUUCAUUAAUUUAAUUAAAUAAGUUAUAGGAUGCAUAAUAAAUCUACUAAGAAAUAAUUUCAAUUAAUCCAAAACAUGAAAUAUCUUUAUAAAAAUUGGGUAUUUUGAUAAUUAUAAUAUUAAGGUGAUAUCUUAUUAAAUUAAAAGUUUUAUUUGUAAGCUUAACAGUAUUAUGAAAAAUUUAUUUCAAUAAAUUUAAAUAAUUCAAUAGUCUAAUUUGGAAUAGGUUUUAUUUUUAUUAAUUAUCUUAAGGGGAAUGUUUAAGAUAAACUUAUUAAUAUAAUCAUGCUUUAUAAUACUAUCUAAAAGCCAUUUAAUUAGAUUCAUCUAAUAAAGAAUUUUUUUAUUAUUAUGGUAAAAUUUCAAUCUUUAANAUAUAUAUAUAUUUAAAUUGUGUAUUAGUAUUGAAUUAAUAAUAAAAUAAUGAAUUAAGACUCAUAAUUUUAAUAGAAAUAGGAUUUUAAAUGUAAAGAUCAUCCUGAAAAGCCUGCACUUUUUUGGUGUAAAUCAAUUGAUUGCAACGAGAAUAGAAUUUUCUGUCUCAUUUGUCAAAAGUAGAAUAAACAUAUUAAACAUUAUAAUGGAGAUGUUUUUAGUAUUGAUAAAUUAAAUGAAUUUUUAAUUGAAAAAUUAAAAUCAUCUAAAGGUUUCAUUUCAGAAUGUGAACUUUAAAUGCAAUCAACAAUUAAAUCAUAUAAUAAACUCAUUUCUGGUUUAUAAUAUAAAUUCUGUGGAUUAGAAAAUAAAAUAAAUUAAUUUGAAGUUUAUUAAAAAUAAUAAGUUCUUGAUUCUUUGAUUAGAUAAGAUGAAUUUAUGAAUUAUUUGAAACAUAAUCUUGAGGGAAUUUAAUAAAAAUUUUAGAAAACCAUAGAUGAUCUUUUUAUUAAAUUAGAAUUACAUCUAAUUUAAUAUUAAAUAACUGAUUAAUAGAUUAAAUUGAAUCAAAAUGAAUAUCAAAAAGGUUAUUAUUCAUAUUUAUAUUCUUUUAGGUAUAUCUUUAAAUAUCAAAAAUGAAUAAAAUGAAGCAAAUUUAAAUAUUUGA